UUGUUGGCAUAGUUGAGAGUAGGGGUUCUUUCUUAUGUGUUAUCCUGAACCUGUUUGCACCUAAUUACUUAAAAACCCGAAGACCAUAACCUUCGCUCUGUAAUCAUUCUAUUUUACCCAACAACAAAAAAAACACUACUAAGACCCAAACGCACCACCUCCCUCCAUCUUCUUCAGCUUUGAUCUUAGUGUGAAGGAUCCUAAAGUAACUCAUCGAGUAAAACGGUAAAGGAUGGCAUGCUACGAUGAUGAUGAUGAUGAAACGUGGGAAAUAAUAAAGUAUGUGGAAGACAAGUUAAAGAGAAAUGAGAUCAAGGUUGUUGAUAAUCAUCUUCGACCAAUUACAAAGUCAGAGACUAGUCAAGAAAUCUCGAUUAAAAUCAACCAAUUACCAGAAACGGAAUAUGAAAAUCUUGUCAUUACUUAUAAACCUGAUGAGCAAUGGUUGUCAGACUUUUAUAGCGAAACCGAGGGCGACGAAGAAAGUAAUUUCUCUGUUCGAUAUCAAUCAGCAGUGUGGUCCAUUGACAGUAAAUUGAGAAAUAGUAUGACGAAAAAGUUCAUCGAAUCGUUGAGCAUGGACAAGACAGGAAAGAUUUUACUCGAAAAAAUCAAUAAUGAUAUCCAGAACUUGAAAGAGCACCCAUAUCGUACAGAUCAGGAAUUGCCCAGGAUGUUUUUCUUGGAUGGAUGUGCAAUUUUACAAUUCAUACAUAGCUAUCUUCAUAAGGAAUUAGAAGAGUUUGACAUUGGUAUUGUCAAAAGAAGAGUUAUCCGGGACAACUUGUUUGAAAGUGACAGUCAAAUCCCCUUCCGAGUCCUUGAAAUUUUGGUGAGCUUGACCAAUGACCCGGACCAACUGAAAAUAGAUAUUGUCAAUUUCAUUUACAUCAACAAUAUCACGAGCACGAAGGUUUCGCCAGUUAUAUGCCCCAGUAGCAGUCUCAAACAAUGGGAGGACAUUGUUCAAAUCAAAACCGGAACUGUUAACCUCUGUUACCUUCUGUACUUGUUAAUCACAUCUGGUGAUGGCAAUAUUAUCUCUAGCGACAAAAAUAGCAAAAAUGAAGAAAAUAGUAAUGGAAAUGUUUCAUGUUUCCCUAGUUUCCGCGGGCAAAGACCAAAACCAAAGGACACCAGGUAUGAUAUUAUUGAUAACAAUGGAUUUUUUCGCAAUGUCCAGGAGCUUAAAUCAGCAGGGAUAGAGUUUAAGCCCAAUAGUUUUGGCUUGGGAAACAUAUCUUUCAGUGGUAAAUGUUUUAACCUCACAGGGCAUCUUAUACUUCCUCCAUUAACGGUGGAUGAAAGGACACGGGGUAAGCUAAAUAAGCUUCUAUACUACGAGAAGAUUUUUAAGGAUGAACAUCAUGUGGUUACUUCUUAUGUAAAAUUUAUGGAUAUUCUCAUUGAUAGUGAACAAGAUGUUAAGGAGUUAAGAGCAUCGCGAAUACUUCAAAACCGUCUCAGUAGCGAUAAAGAUGUGGCUAAUUUGUUUAAUGAAUUGGGUUCUGGACUCAAUGAGCCACCAGAAGACUAUUAUUCGGAUGUCAAGAUUAAGAUACAAACUCAUUGCGAGAGAAGGUGUGCCAUUUGGCUGAGCCAAGUCUAUCAGCAAUAUUUUAGUAACCCAUGGGCUAUCAUAGGUCUCACAGCAGCUGUAAUGGUGCUUUUUUUAACUUCCGUUCAAACUUGGUACGCUGUCAAUCCCAAAAAGUGAAAGCUAGCUACCUACCAUGGUCAACAGUUUGUUCUACUUUAUCUAUUGCUAUGGGGUUGUUUGGCUUUUGUGUGCACUACAAAUAUUCUAUGAUGGGGAAGAUCGAGUUGUUUGCGAAAUUACGUUGCUUUGCUUGUGUUGUGAUUUCAUUGUGUUUGUCUAUUGUAAUGUUGCUUUUUGUAUUAGUUUGAUUCACUGGUGUGAAUGUUAUGUUAAGACAUCUAUUAUUGUGUGAAUGUGAUGUAUCACUAUAAGAUAAUAAAUUGGAUAUUUUGAUCCUUGACA